AACGAGUUAAGUCUCAACUUCAGAGGUGAAAGAGGUCGUUACUAAGGCAACCCAUGUGGUCUCUCAAGUGGGCGACUUCUGAGCUGCUUCUUCACUGUUCUCUGAUACCUGGAGCACACACAGCAUUCCGUGGCCGGCCCUGAGGCAAUGUCUGAGAUAGACCACACUGAUGAGGCUACUACCAUGGACACCACUGAGCCUCCAUUGAGUGACAAUGACAACAACUGGGUGAUCAUUGAUGAGCAGCCUAAUGAAGAGCAGCCUAAUGAAGAGCAACCUGACAUUGCAUCGUUAUUGAGUGAUCCACCAAGUGAUGAUAUCACGUGUAGCAAGCAAGAGGAGCACAACAUACCAACAAGAGAAGAAGAAGCAACCUCUACAGAUCGAGCUGGAGACGAGAUUCCAUUAGACGAAUCCGCACCCACUGAUGAAGAUGUACCUCAAGUCAUAACGACCUCUCAGGGUGAGGAUGAAGGAGGUGAUGUAAGCAGCACAGGUGAAGAAGAAUUAGUGAUAUCCGAGAGCUUGUCUGAGGGUGGGGGUGGUCUAGACGAGGAGUCAGCUGGCAAUAUCGUAUCAGAUGAAGACAAUGAACGUAUUGUACUUGAUGACAUUGAAACGAAUAGUUUGUGUGUGUUAGUCCCAGUGGAGCAGAGUGUGGGGAAAGAGAGUACAGGGGAGCUGGCCGAUUGCUCAACUGAUCCAAGUUGUCCAGAAACUACGAUACAACAAGAUGACAAUGGAAUACUUGAAGUUAUUGAUAUCGAUGAUGAAUCUCCUCCUGUUGAAACAGAGCAAGCGAAAUCUGAAAUAAAUACUGCCAACGAAAUCAAAGAAAACGGCGUUUUUACUGUUGAUAUUGAAGUUGUUGACCACCAUAGUACAGAAGAUGUGGUAGAGAUCGAGCAACCUGCUAGUCAGUAUGAGGAGGAUGAGAACACUGCCAUUGAUGAUAGCACGCUUGUUAGCAAAACUGCUGAUACUGAGACCAACCCUGUAAUAUCUGGCAGAGAUGAUGGAGGCACUGAAGCUGGCCUCACAACGGAGGAGAUUGUGAAGGAGGAGGAGGAAGUGUUGUCUGAGAUUGAGAAGGAGAUUGAAAAGAAGAAACUUGAGGACCAGGCAAAGAGAGAUGCUGUCAAAGGACCCAGAAUGACCAAGCAGACUCUGCGGAAAAUCUGUAAAGAUUUGAAGCUUUAUCUCACACCGUCACUCAACGAUGUCCUCUAUCUGCACUUCAAAGGGUUCUCGUAUAUAGAGAACCUGGAGGAGUACACGGGACUCACGUGUGUGUGGCUGGAGAGCAACGGUAUCCUCGAGAUCAGUGGCCUUGACAACCAGACUGGACUCAGAUGUCUGUUCUUGCAUCAGAACCUCAUCAGGAAGAUCCAGAACUUGGACCACCUUCAAAUGUUGGACACACUCAAUCUCUGCAAUAAUAUGAUCCUCAAGUUGGAGAACCUUCGCUGCCUGCCCGUACUGAGCACCCUCCAAGUGGCCCACAACCAUCUCACCCGGGCCUCAGACAUCGAGGAGCUGGCACACUGUCCCAACUUAAGUGUUGUGGACAUGUCUCACAACAGACUAAGUGACCCUGAAGUUCAACACGUCUUCUUUGCUAUGCCUAAACUGAGUGUACUGAACUUGAUGGGUAACCAGGUCAUCAGAGAGAUCAGAAACUACCGCAAGAACUUCGUCUGUGAUAUUCCCACCCUGAACUACCUCGAUGACCGUCCCGUCUUCCCCAAGGACAGAGCUGCCACUGAAGCUUGGCGUCGCGGUGGCCUCGAGGAAGAGAGAGCUGAGCGACGACGCUGGCAAGAGAAAGAGCAGCAGAAGAUCAUGGACAGUGUCAGAGGUCUGGCUAAUCUGAGACGUAGGAUACGAGCCAUGAAGGAUAGAAAGAAAGAGAGGAUGUUAAGCGAGGGACAGGAGGUGGUGGACUCCUCCUCCACUGAGUCCUCAUCUGACACUGAGUCUUCCUCUGACCGGGAGUGCCCCCCUGAGCUGGAGGAUAUCGAGCCCUCAACCAGGGAACCCGUAUCUGCUGACCCCCAGACUCGUGAACCCCCAGUUGCUGACCCCCAGACCCCAGACCAGCCUAUCUUUGUGACUCAGGACAUUACAGACAUGGAGGAAAUUCCUCUCAUCAAGCCGAGAGUGGAGGCAGACAACGAGGAGGAGAGGACUGGUCUCUUCUCAGUCCUCCCUGGUCGAUCUACUGACCACCCCCACAUACUGGACAUGGACACACCCACUCAACCAUCCUCAAAUCAUGAACCUCCGAAAUCAAAGGGGUUCAAACCUUUGAUAGAGGUGGUGUCGACAAUGGAUGAGCCAGCAGAAGAUCAAAGUUCAAGUGGCCAGGAGGAGCGUACAAGUCAAAUGUUGAAUGGAGAUCACUCGUCGGGUUCAAUUGAGUUCAAGCCACUGAUUGAAGCCGUGAGAUCGGAGGCGGGUGAUGGGAGGUGGGCGGACAGUGUGAGGAGUGGUGGGAGCGUGGGGAGGAGUGAGCACAUGCUAGUCGAGGAGAUAGAGGACACAGCAGAUCCACCCUCCACAAAGGACAGCUUCAGUGACCUGGGAUUUGAGAACGACCCUGAAGUGAUAGAAGCUGCGGCUGCACUGGCCAGACUGGAGACCACCCCCGCCAGUGAGCUCACAGAACAAGAUAAGGUGUGGCGUCUGGCGGCAGUGGGUGGGUCCACGUUGGAGGAGGAGAGAGGGGAACUGGACCAGGGGGAUAAGGAACGUCUCAAGGAUAGGCUCACACACAUGGGGGCACUCGAUACUGUGUCUCUCAAGUUCUGACGGACACUCAUCGACUUAAUUUGUGGUUCAUAUUACUUGUACAUGUGUUCUGUGCAAUGCUAGCUUGCUUAUUAAUUACGGCAAUUUAAUAUCGCUUUUUUCAUUUUAA